UUGGGACCAAUGUCACGGCCCUGGAUCUUUUGAUCUCCAAACUCACCUUAAAAGCAAACAGCUCCAAGAUGGAUAUCGUUACGUAGCCCCAGAGUGGGAGGGACUGACCAUCUUCCAGCUUUUCCAUUGGUUUCACAGUCUGCUCGGCGGAGAGGGGGUGCCUCUAAUCAUAUCCAGCAUGUUUUGCACAAGAAAUGUCAGCCAGAAAGGGCUACCUUCUCUCUUCGCCAAAAUACACCACAAUAAUGUCAUGUUCGGACAGCCCGUCAGGAAAUGCGUUUCUAGUGGAUUCUCUGAUCAGUGGCCGCAAUGAGAGCGGCGGAGGUCACUACACCGGGAGCGCACUGUGCGUGCCUCACAGCACUGCCACAGAAGUGCCUUACGGACUACACAACUAUGGAUACUUCCCAGGUAUGGGUAAGCGGAGCGAGGUGGGUCCACAAAACGUGGUUUCCGCCUCGGGCGCUUACAUGUCCACCAUGGAAAUGUGGAUGGACGCACAGAGGUCAUGUCGGAUGGACCAAGAUCACCCGGUAGGUCCUCAGGUCGCGCCCUGCUCGUUCCCGCAAAAUAUAAAGGAAGAGAGCACCUACUGCCUGUACGAGCAGGCGAAGUGUCCUAAAGCCUCCACCGCAGAAGAUCUCACAUAUUCAAGGUUAACUGGAGCCGGCCAAGGGUCGAGUUCUUGUACAGUUACCGAUGGCGGCGGCGGGGGCUCAGUGCCUGUGCCGGGCUACUUCCGCUUGUCUCAGACGCACGCACAUUCUCAUAAACUUUACAACUCCAGCGGCCCCCAGUCGAACCCUUCCCAUUCCCAUUUUGGCCUACACCCCACUGCUCCAGCUCGCUUCCACACACCUCCAACCUCGACUUCUGCUCCAGCCACGGCACAGGAGGGGAGGAACACCGAGGGGCCCGUGUCCUCGGGAAACGCAGACCUGCAGCCUCACGCUGCGACUGGGACCGAGGAGGCACGCGACUCCUCGGAUGGAGACGCCUCGUCAGCUGAAGAAACAGAGGAGAACGACAAAGAGAGAGCAGUACAGUCUAAUAAAGGAGACACAAAAAGUGAAAGCACGGCCAACUGGCUGACAGCAAAAAGCGGCCGUAAGAAACGUUGUCCAUACACCAAGCACCAGACACUAGAGCUGGAGAAGGAAUUCCUCUUCAACAUGUACCUGACCCGAGAGCGCCGCCUAGAGAUCAGUAAAAGCGUCCACCUGACGGACAGACAGGUCAAAAUCUGGUUCCAGAACCGCAGGAUGAAGCUGAAGAAAAUGACGAGGGAAAACAGGAUCCGGGAACUCACCUCCAACUAUGGAUUUUCGUGAUGAACGAGAGAAUCACGAUGACACAGGAGAAGUAAAAUAAAAUGUAAAAACAAGAUAUAUAGGUGAAAUAAAUUACAUUCGCCACCCCACACCUCCUUGUCCACACAAAGACUCGUUUUACCGUGGGGUGCAGCGUCCUUUAAUUUCCAAACACGCUUAAUGUCAAUGAAACGUCCUCUGUGAGCUACUGAGAAAAAGGAAAAAAGGAUCAUCUGAAUGUUUUUGACUCUGUUUUUACCCCUGAUUGUGUUUUUCUUUUUAUAUUUUCUUUUUAUAUUGUUGAUCCAACACCUCCGUCGUAUGUUUGGGUAGUGUCCUCAGUGCAGUUAAAUCAGUGCAGUGAACACCCCC